AUGUUGAAGCUAUUAUUAUUGGCUGCAUUUUUGCAGUGCACUAUAUCUCAACAAUAUCAGCAAAAAGUAGCUCCCGGAGUGCCUCCACAGAAUUAUCAGAACUAUCAACAGCCACCACCUCCACCCCCACCGCAACAGCAACAAUAUCAACAGCAGCAACAGUACCAACAACCUCCCCCUCCCCCACAGCAACAGCAACAAUACCAGCCCCCUCCCCCUCCACCGCAGCAACAACAGCAACAAUAUCAGCCACAGCAACAACAACAACAGCAACAGUUCCAACAACCGCCACAGCAACAACAGCAACAUGGCCAUGCUCACCAUGGAGAUCCUCAGCUCCUGAACCCGGCUAACAUUGCCCAGGAGAGAGAUCACAUCCAGGAGCACAUGGAGGUCCCAAUAGACACAUCUAAGAUGUCGGAACAGGAGUUACAGUUUCACUACUUCAAGAUGCAUGACGCCGACAACAAUAACAAAUUAGACGGAUGUGAACUCAUCAAAUCUCUUAUCCAUUGGCACGAAGGUGGACAAGGUACAGGAAUGGUUUACAAGGAUUCUGAUUUGGAAGAAAUGGUAGAAGGAGCUUUGAAACAGACGGACAAGAAUAAUGAUGGCUUUAUAGAAUAUUCUGAGUUCAGAGCCGCCACUGAGCCUACUGCUCAAUAG